AAGAUUGGUCUGACAUCGUCUUCCAGCAUAUCGCGCGGUGGUGCGCGAGAGUGGGGGCGUGUGUUAUACAGGAUUUGGGGUUCAACGUGGUGGUAAGACCGGCGUGGCGAACUAGUUCGCCCCGACAUCGGGGCAUCCACCGACUUGAGCACUGCGCUGCUUCGCUCCCCGCUCAGCGCAGUCUCCGGUUUUCUCGGUGUGUCUCGUGUGCAUGCCCGUACGUCGCUCACGCCGUUGAGAGACACAGUCUCACGAGCUUCGCUAUACCGUCGCGUUCAGCCGAACUUAACCGUCCUUCGAGUUUUCGUGUUUUCGUGUUUUUCUCGCUACAAUUGCACCGAGUUUAUCGACCGUGAUGAAAAAAAAUGCUCGUUCGAAGAGGAAUGGGACUGGCGGCUUCGUCGGGACUGUCGCAGUUUUCGCGUGAAUUUACCGCGCGAGCUUAGUUUACGCGGGAGUUUCUUCGGCGCUCGCUCCCCGCCCCCGUGGCGGGCUAAAAGAGAAGCAAAAGCCCCGCGUGCGUCGCUCCGCGGUCGAAGCGCUCGGCGGAUCUCGUCGCCGAUCGCGGCGCGUUAGCGACCGGAUAACCAAGUGACAAGUGACAAUCGCUCGAGGAGGAACAACUAGGCGCGAGUUAUUGGUGCGGCUCGAGGACGUUUUUCCGGCUGUUCCGAGCGCGAGCCCCGUUAGCCUCUCGCGGAGAGCGGCCCCCGCCCCCCGGGAGCUUUGUCCGACGUCGAACGGAGCGCCCGUGAAAUAUUCGGGCGCACUGGACUCUUUACGGGCUUGCUAAUGGCCCGCAACAAGCCGGGACGAGCCUCGUUUGCGAUAACCUGCUACGUCCGUACGCGCGUUAACUCGCGCCAGUCAAAGUGAGCGCGAGAAGCAGCAGCGGCACACGAGAGCGGAGAAAAAAAAAGAAAAAAAAAAGAAAAAAAAAAAAAAAAGGAGAAGAAGCAGAGCCGCGCGCGGCAGCAGGGAGCGAAGAAAAAGAGGAAACGAAAUUAAACGCACCGGGGACUCGGGACCGAGACGACUGACAGAUACACAUUUGCAUCCCAUCACGUCCCGAGGCGGAGAGGAGGGAGCCGAGCGGGCAACCAAUUCCGCGUUAAUACCCCGCGAAAAGCAUCUUCAGCCGGACGAGCCCGGUCGACUCGGAUUAUCGAGAAUUUCAUCGUCUAUAAUUAAGGCAGUGCGCGUGCUCGACGAAAGAUCCUUUAAAAGUGAGAAAACUCGAGGAGCUGCGAGCGAAGCGUGCGCGAGUACGCAUUCCCGGGGACACCGACGCCGAUAAUCGAUGAUCGAAUGAGGCCGCAAUUCCUCUCCUCGCUCUUUCGCAAUAUGGAAAGAAAUACGAAACGGAAAGGACCGAUUCCCCGCCCCCACAGCCCUCCGAGUUAAUAGCUUCCGGUGCGUCAGCCCGCGACGAUACGCCGCGCGAUCUCCGCUCAAUUAUACACGUGCUUAAAUUAUGCGCAUAAAAGCUUCGACAAUGUGGCAACAGCAUCGACGAGUACGCGGAGUGGGCUCCGCGCAGUAAUGCCUUAUACGUUCCUCGAAUAAACGGGACUUGCUCGCAGCCACCCCACUCGCCGGCGAAUCGUAAAACCGUACGAUGGACCCGGGCCCUUGUCCAUGUGCGAGCUUCAUCCCGCCCGAGUUACGACAGUUACGGUCUACCUCAUUUGUUAGAGCCCCGAGAGGAGCAGCUUCCGAGGACUAGAAUAAACGAGCGAAAAAUUACGAAUCGCCGCUCCCCGCUGCGAGAGGGAUGAAAAGGCCGAACGAUCGACAAAGUGCGCCUCCUCGACGGUUCGACAACCUUGAAAACGGACCCACUCGCGGUACAGUGCCGCGACGAUAAAUUCGAGCGCGUUUUCCUCCGGGACCCCGCUGCGCGUUCUUUCCUCGCACAGACCAAACAAUACCAGUGUCGCGUAACAUAGCAUCCUGGCGUCCCAACCUCCGCUGCGUACACACGCGACGAACAAUACCGCGCGCGGGCGCGCGCGCGCACGACGCCCGAUAUCUCGUAUCCAGGCUAAAUAUUUAUGCCUCGCGCGCCUCCGUCCGAUUCUUCCGAUAACCGCUUCUCUGUCCCGACGAGCCUUCGCGCCCGGGAGCCCCUUGAUCCUCCACGGAGACGAGAUAUUCAACGGACCUUUGUUCGAUCUCGAGACAGAGUGAAGUACGCUGACAACAUCCACGUGGCGCCUUCUAAUUCUUCGUCACAACGAUGUUCGCUACGGUUUUUCCAUACAUUCAUGCACGGCAACACAAUUAUCAGAUGAGAUUCUGGAUCGCGACGAGAAGAUGUUUAUAGGGCCUCGGCGUCAUUCAUCGCAGCGAUGGAUCCAUGAAUCAUUCAAUGUGGGUGUGCUGAUCGCUCUUCUAUGUCUGCCACUGGUCGCUGCCUCUAAUAACGUAACAAUAGCGUCCCCAGCUCGCAAAACCAGAGAAUAUUCGUCUCGUGGGCAUACCGCACAGUGGGAAGCUCAGCACAUCGAGACCUUAAAGAGUUCCGGGGUGUUGACCUACCGGGAGAUUCAGAAUCUGUUGCGUCGAGAGGGCGGCGAGGAUGGUGCGCCGGUCGAAUGUUGCCCGACAGUCGAGGAAUUGUCCGAACCAGUUGGCGGUAAAAAUCGCGAAGAACGAUACGUCGAGCUCUAUCGGGAUGGCGAAAAUAAACAAGUUUUCUACGAAUACUCGUGCAGACCCGACGUUCUCGAUCAACCCUGUCGAUUCGUCGACCGCAAACUCUCCAACCAAUCCAGAUGCGUACAGAGAUUCUCUUACACUUAUGCGCUCGUCAGCGAUCCCAGAUCAAGAUCAUCUCAUCAGGCUGGAACAAACGACGAAUAUAAACGGCGGCACGGAAGGAAGCCGGAAAACGUUCUUCCGGACAUAUCGACAAUCACCACACCUGGCACUAAUUGGAGUCUGGAUUAUAUCAGAGUUCGAAGUGGAUGUAGCUGCGAACUCCUCCCAAAGCAAAAGAAGAAAAAAAAUGGCACAACAUACAAAAACAAAAAAUCAAAGAACAAGUGGCGUAAGGCCAGGGAUCGGGGAUCCGUAUACGAAUAAUGAGUUAACCGACAGAGGAUCAUACUCCGCUAUUAUAUUUUGUAUAAAUUAUACUAGAGAUAUUAUUUAAUAUUUGAAUAAAAAGAUAUUUGUUAAA